AUGAAGAAGGUUGGAUCCGGGGUUCUGCAAGUCGAGGUGAGCACCGACGAGGAAUGGCGACAGUUAUUGAGCUGUCCGGGUCUGAUCGUCGUGGACGUGUACUCGGACUGGAGCGGGCCGUGCUCUGCCAUGGCGAGUACCCUGAAGAAGAUCAAGAUAGAGGUAGGCGACGCGGUGGAUUACGCGAUCGCGCGUAACGACGACAUCGACGACUUGGCGAGAUUCCGUGGUCGAAGCGAGCCCACUUGGAUGUUCCUGCAAGAUGGUAAAAUGGUGAACCUGAUGUUUGGAGCGCACUGUCCGCGUCUGCGGAAGCUGCUGAUGAACGAGAUAAGGAGGGUACAGCACUUGGAAACUCCCAAGUGGCGACUCGAUGUGUGCGAACGGGCCCCCGAGGAGCAAGCUCGAUGGCAGGAGCAGGAAGCCAUUAGGUGA